AUGUCUUUUUCAGGAGAAGAGGGUAUGAAGAUUGAGAAACUAAAGAACAUCAACUGGGACAUUAUUGAUGAUGAGUUAAACUGGAUUUUACCCCGAACUUUCAAGGAAAAAGAUGUCAAGGAAGAAACUGUUGUGCUAGAUGAUAAACAAGUUACCGAACUAAUGCCAAGACCUUCUAAGAAACUCGAAGCUGGAAGUUCAGCGGAGUUGACUAGGAUCUUAGAUAAAAGGCAUCCCUUUGAGACCGAUUUCAUCAUGGGGCCACAUGAUAUUUCUGUCUUUGAUCAUUAUUCAAAAUGGAUUUGUGACGGGCUACUUGCCAAGCAUGAGCAGAGAAAUGAGAAGGAAGAACAUUACAAAAAGAAUAAGUCCACAGUGCCAAUCUCCAUGGAUCUUGGAAUUCAGCUUAUCACGAAAAAAAAUUGGUUCUACCUUUUAUCAUUUAAUGGACAAAUGUGGAAUGAUGAGCACAUUGAUGUCAUAUUUUACUACUUACGGAAGAAAGGCAAGUAUGAUGGAAAAAGUACAUACAAACACACCACUGUUGCCUGUAUUUUCAAAAUAUGGAUUGGGGAAACUUUUGACAAGUAUGUUGCAACUAAUGGUGACACGAGUGUAGCUAAAGAAGAAGAUGUUAUAUGCGAGUACCUUAGAGGCUAUAAGUUGAUCGCUAAUGUCCCGUGGCAUACUGUUGACAAUGUAUUGAUCCCAGUUAACGUGAAGGACAUACAUCAUUGGGUCUUGGCAGUUGUAUCAUUCAGGGACAGAUGUAUCAGGGUAUAUGACUCAUACCGAUUAGCAGGCUAUGACACAAUUGUUAAGAUUGAAAUAGAUAAGAUGGCUAAGAUCCUACCUCAAUACCUGUCUAUAAGUGAUUUUUACAGAAAAAGGGAAGGCAUCGAUUGGUCUCAAGAACCAGCAUACAACGACAAAGCCCUGUUAGAUUCAUUUGAUGUUGUGUGUGUUGAUAAUCUGCCACAACAAAGACAUGGGAGCAAGGAUUGUGGGGUGUAUGUGGUAGCGUAUGCGGAGUAUUUGAGCUGGGGUGCUGGUAUUCCGAUCGAAGACUUUGACGUUAAUUUACUUCGUACGAGAUAUGGUGCACUUCUUUGGAACUAUGGUAUGCGGAAGCAAGAAGACGAGGCGAUAAGUCAUAACGAAGCACCACCAAAGCUAGUUAGGCCAAACAUACAUUCUGAUAUAUGUGAAAAAAUCAUCAUUAAUUAGUUUUACGCAUUUCAGAUUGU